CUGUGUGAGCGAUUCUCUUUAGCAAUGUCAGGGUUGAUUAUUACCGUCUUGUGAAUAUAAUACAAUUAUCUGCUAGUGAGCAGCAAACGGGAGGCUUAGGCAGUUUAGCACUACGAGUGGGUCCUGCAGGUUUUUCUGACAAUUUACAUAAGAUAUUUUCAUUGCCGUUUUCAUUUUAAAAAAAAAAACAAAAAAACCUCUGAUCAUGUCUUCGACACAAAAUGUUACAAUAGAUGACCGGUUUACUCGGGUUACAAAGGAUCCCAGAUUUUGGGAGAUGCCUGAGAAAGAUAAGAAAAUCAAAAUUGAUAAACGUUUCCGUUCCAUGUUCCACGACAAAAAAUUUAAUCUCAAGUACACAGUGGAUAAAAGGGGUAGACCAAUUAAACAUAACACCACUGAAGAUUUGAAACGUUAUUAUGAUCUUUCAGAUUCUGAUGAGGAGUUAGCCAAUGAAAAAACACAUUCAAAGAAAACAGGAAAGCAGAAGGUUAAAACAAAACUUAAGGAAGGCGAGAUGACUAAAACAUCUAAAAAAAGAAAUCCGAGAAGAGGAAAAGGAAAGAAAGAUAAGAAAAAACUGCAAGUUGCACAUUCUUCAUUUGCCUUUUGUAUAGGUGAAAGUGACGAGGACAGUGGUAGUGAGAGCAUAUGUGAUACAGCAGAUUUUUUGGACAUGGAGGCAGAAGAAAGUGAGGACGCUGGCUCUGAAGAUUUGGAAGAGUGUGAAGAAGAAGAAUACGGUUCAGGAGAAGAGUUUGAAGAGGAAGAAGAAUCAGGUUCAGGAGAGGAUUCUGAAGAAGAACCAGGUUUAGAAGAGCUUGAGAAAGAAUCAGGUUCAAGAGAAGAGUCUGAAGAAGAAACAGGUUCAGAAGAUCUUGAGGAAGAAUCAGGUUCAGGAGAAGAGGAGAAAGAAGACAGUGACAGUGGCCCUGAUUUGGCCAGAGGUAAAGGGAAUGUUGAAACAAGCUCUGAGGAUGACGAGGAGGAGGAAGAUGAUGAUAUGGCCGACAUACUACAUAAAGACCUUGAGAUCGAGCAUGCCUGGAGAGAAAUGGACAAAGAUGCACCUCGUGGAGAAGAGAUCACAAGCAGACUAGCUGUUUGCAACAUGGACUGGGAUAGACUGAAAGCCAAAGAUCUUCUUGCCCUUUUCAAUUCAUUUAAACCAAAGGGAGGAGUCAUUUUUUCUGUAAAGGUGUACCCUUCGGAAUUUGGUAAGGAGAGACUUAAGGCGGAAGCACUCCAUGGUCCUUCAGAACUAAAGGAUGUACCAGAAGUCGGUGCCGAUGAACAAGGGGUUGUAAAGGAGAAACUGAGAGAAUACCAAUUCAGAAGACUCAAGUACUACUACGCAGUUGUAGAGUGUGACUCUCCUGAGACGGCGAAUAAAAUCUAUGAAGAAUGCGAUGGGCUGGAAUUUGAAAGUAGUUGUUCUUUUGUGGAUUUAAGGUUUAUUCCUGAUGAUGAGCAGUUUACUGAUGAACCUAAAGACUCUGCUACAGAUGUGGAGCUCUCUGCUUACUAGCCAAAGUUUUUCACAUCUGCAGGCCAUGACAACUGCAAGAGUGAUCUCACCUGGGAUGAGACAAGAUCAGACAGAGUCACAACUCUAAACAGACCCUUUAAAAAAACCGAGGUACUGGACAUGGAUUUUCAAGCCUAUUUAGCAUCAUCCAGUGAUGAAGAGGAAGAAGAGGACGUCCCAGAAGUUGAAACUACUGAAGUAACAAAGACAAAAAAAGGUCAGAAGGAUGAAGAAGAACAAAUUGCCAAAUACAGAGAGCUCCUUAAAAGCAUCCAGGACAAAGACAAAGCCCGAGAGGACAAAGACAUGGAGAUGGAAGUAAAAUGGGUUCCAGGGCUUAAAGAAAAUGCUGAGCAGUUGGUUAAAAAGAAGCUGAGUGGCAUAGACAGUCUAACCCCUUGGGAGAAAUAUCUACAGAAACAGAAAGACAAAAGGAAGAUGAAGAAGAAGAAAAAGGGUAACGUAGAGGAAGAUGUGGAUGAAGAGGAAGAUCUUCCUUCUGAUGUGGAUUUCAAUGAUCCGUACUUCUCUGAAGAGAUGAAGAAACCAGGUCUAAAGAAAAAUUCUACCAGCCAAAAGGAUGAAGAAGUGUCCUCUUCAGAAGAAGCUGAGAAAGAACAACAAAGGACUGAAUUAUCUCUACUUAUGAUGGACGAUGUUGAAGAAGAACGCAAACAUUUCAACUAUGAUAAGAUUGUGGAGCAGCAAAACUUGAGCAAAAAGAAAAAGAAACAACUGAAGAAAAAACAAGAGUUGUUGGAGGAUGAAUUUCAGAUCAAUGUUGAAGACACAAGAUUUCAAGCUAUGUAUACUUCACAUUUAUAUAAUGUAGACCCUUCAGAUUCUAACUUCAAAAAAACAAAAGCUAUGGCCAAAGUAUUAGAAGAGAAAGCGAGAAGAAGGGAACAAGAGCAAAAAAGCCGUACAGAGGCCGUUAAAAAACACGAAAAAGAACUUGAGAAUUAUCAGAAGAAAGAGCCAUCAGUUACAAAAUCCGUAGACCCAGCUCUUUCUCAGUUACUGAAAUCUGUGAAAAACAAAACACAACAAUUUCAAGCUUCAAAAAGACAGAAAACAAAAUAGUUGUUUGGAACCUAUUUUUUGCAGUUAGAUGUGCUAAAUGGACAUCAGUGGACAUUCUUUCAUGGAAAAUUUGAUAAAAUAAAAUAUAAAAAAUCAUGCUUUAUAGUGGUUUUAUUUAAACACAAAUUUAACUUUUAUAAAUGAUUUUUAUAUUCCAUUAUUUUUGUAUGUUGAUUGAUGCAACAAUAUAUUUAUAAUAUACUUCACUCACAUCAGAACACUGUUCAGUGAGAAAAUAAAUACAAUAUAUUUCAUAAAGGAGAAUUCAAUGCAAAAAAUUGGUAAUUGGAGCAUGUAAGUUUUGUAUUACUGAUGUUGCUUAGUAUAUGUUAAACCCCUGCAAAGGAUAUGGCCUGUCAGCCAAUCAGUAGUUGCAGUCAUACCAGCUAUUUGCUGAUUGGGAGCUGUAGCGCAUGCGCCUUUUGAGCAGGACUUUCACCCCUUAAAAACCACAACAUACCAUGUACAUUGCUGGUCAUUAAGGGUUUACUUGUUUAUAAUAGCGCUAUUAUACCCUCCCUCCUCCCUUCUGGUCCCUGAAAAUAGCGCAGUCUCGCUGCUGGCGGCAAGACUGCGCUAUUAAUAACGCAAUCCCAAUAGAAAGACCAGUGAUAUACAAGGUACAUUGCUGGUCUAAAGGGGUUAAGCUUGGAGUCUUGUAAUUUUUGUAUUAUGAUGUCGCUUUAAUAAAAAAAAAAAAUUUGUUAUGAAGUCAGCCAGAUAAAUGUCUAGCAUAGUUUUUUUUUUGGUUUGGACACAUUAUUACCAAUAUUGAAUGAUUUCUAUUAUCAGUGCAGAAUAUAUUAUGUACUAUGUAAAGUAAAGUGAUUUAAUUCUGCUUUUUUGUGGGACAAACUUUAAUGUUACAUUGGUCUACAAUAUACAAAAACACUAUUUUUGUUUUAUUAUAAUGUAUAGUUACGUUAUACAGUGUAGUAAACAAAAUAAUUGAAUAAAUAUUUUGAACAUUU